GCUCACAUUCUAUUUUUCAGCUGUUGAAGAGGAACAUGCAUGCUAAACAAUGAGGGGAAAUUGCCUUAUAGCAUAAGUCUAGACACCACGAUUCAAAUUGGAACCUUCAGUAGAUCAUAACCGGACCUUUCUGCUCUGUGUUGCAGAUAGUUUCAGACUAGUUAUGGUGGAAACUAAUGAUUGUAAUUCUUGUUUGACGGCACUCGGGGUUCUGCGAGUUUCCCUCGUGGAUGAACUGGAAGGACGGAUUGACUCCCUCCUUGAAAUCUUAGUAAGUCAAGAACUGUUCACUCGUGAUGACCGUGAGGAGGUGUUGUGUCUGAUGGGGCCCCGAGCAAGAGUGAGAAAGGUGUUAGAUAUCUUGACGUGUAAAGGAGAGGAAGCAGCUAGGAUUUUUUUCUCAAUUAGCAGUCGGCAGCAAGAAAUACUGACUCACUCCAAAAAAGGCAACACAGACCUGCCUCAAUCCAUAGAGUACAAUAAAGUCAAACAAAAGCAUAAAGAUGUCCUCACACGUCGGAGUGAGAGCAUGCUCUUCUACAAUACGCGUCAUGGAGAGAAAAUCCUUUUUUCCGAACACUAUGUCAACCUCUUGUUGGUCGACGGACACCAGGGCUUGGAGGUAAAAAGACAUGAGGUGCUGACAUUUGGACAAAAGCGACUAUCUUUGCAGCAGAAGUCAGCGGUGCAUAGAAAAAUCGCAUCAGCUGAACUCUUUUCAAGUGCAAAUGAAAAAUGUACAGUCAAGAAAGUUCUGGUGUCAGGGGUGGCCGGCAUUGGAAAAACCAUCCUGGUGCAGAAGAUGUUGUUCGACUUUGGGGCAAACAGGGACCAUCUUGCAUUUGACUUCAUCAUCCACAUGACCUUCAGAGACCUGAAUCUGAUCAACAAACCUAUAAACUUCCGGGACCUUGUCUUACGUAAAAACAGGCACUUGGCAAAGGAACUGGAUAACAUUUUAGCGAAUGAUAACAAAUUGCUGAUCAUCCUGGACGGCUUUGACGAGUUCAGGCACUACAGGAGUUGUGACGUAGAUACAUUUGUGACUGAGCCAGAUGAAGAUGCAGAGGUGGUGGAGGUCUUUGGGAGUCUGAUGCAAGGUGAAUUGCUGCCCAACGCUUCUGUCAUGCUCACAAGCCGACCUGCGGCCAUCAACCACAUCCCUGUAGGCUGUAUAGACCGCUUUGUGCUCAUCGCUGGUUUCUCCUGGGCUGAAGUUCAAGACUUUUUCUCACGCUAUUUCCAGGACAGCGCCAUUGCUGAACGCAUGUUCGCAGUGGUUUCAGGAAAUGAACUUAUGCUGACAUUGUGCUACAUACCUGCAUUUUGCUACAUUGUGUGCUGCAUCCUCAAAGAAAGCAAAGACCUCUGUGGAGAGAGCCCCAAGACCAUGACGGACAUAUAUGUGCAGUAUCUGGUGGCCUUGCUUCGCUCUCACACUCAGGCAAGAGCCGAAAUGUCUCGUCAAGGACAAAGUGAGGGGGGUAUCCAUCAGCUGUCUGAUAUUGUGCUGAAGCUAGGUCGACUUGCCUUCCAAAAACUAAUGGUGCAUCAAACACUUUUCUACAGUAGCGACCAAGAUGUCGCAGCGUUAGAUGGAUGCAGCCUUGUUAGCACCUUCCUUGACAAGACGGUGGCACAAGAGCCUGGCUGCACUGAGGAGGUUUACUCCUUUGCACACCUCACUGUUCAAGAGUUCUUUGCUGCGGUUUAUUGCGCAGUGACAGAUCACCCUUUACCCGAUGCACUCCAGGACACUGCAAAUCCAGGGGAGGGCUCUGACAACGGACAUUUAGACCUUUUCAGCCGCUUUCUGUCUGGAAUUCUCUCUGAGCGCAAUGCUAAUCUUCUGUCGAGGCAGGUGGGGCUGUGUUGCCAGAAAGACAAAGUGGACAUCUGUCGUGAAAGGAUCAUCAGAGAGCUCACAAUUCUCUGUGAGAAUGGGAAAAAUAUCUUAAACCAUUUGCACUGCCUGUUUGAACAACAGGACCCCUCUGUGGCCCUUGCUGUGCAACCAAAGACCCUACGAGUUAAUGUUAGUGAUGAAACACUUGCCCAAAUGGAUUACAAUGCCAUCAAGUACUUCUUAAACCGCACAAAGGGUACAAUAUCAGAGCUGGAUCUGACUGGGACAGGAGUAAGCUGUCAGGCACUAAGGGAUAUUCAGCCCCUGCUGCUCAGGUGUAACAGACUUUGGCUUGGAGAAAACAACCUUGAUAUGGACACUGUUGAGGUCAUUGCUGAUGUGCUGAGAGUGUCGGAAAAUAUAAGCCACCUAGGACUUGGCUGGUGUGACAUUGGAGAUGAUGAACUUCUGGCUCUUUCUAGAGCCAUACGGGUGAAAAAAACGCUUGAAGAAUUAUGGAUGGAGGGAAACCGAGUGAGCUCCAGAGGUCUGUUGUCGCUGAGUGAUUUGACCCCAAACCCUCUGAAAAGAGUUGUAGCCAUAUGGAAUGACAUGGCCGACACAGAUCCAGACUCCUUUUGCGCCCAAGAAAGUGUAACUGUGAGCUUUACAGAUGACAAGAUGUGGGAAGCGUGGGGGGAGUGGGUCUUCAAAAGAUGUGAGGUCAGCAGCAACGAGAAGUUAGUGAUGGUACUGCACAAAGUGUGCAACAUAUCAGUGCACUGUUUGGAAUCCCAGUGGGCAAAGACUUUCUACAAGCAACUAUCACGGCUCAUCAAGCACAGGCUCGAGUGCUGCACAGAAGAUGACAUGUGCAAAAGACUCAAAAAGUUUGAGAGCAUUUUGAACCUCUGACAGACAUAAUUAACUUUAUGUAGUAAGCUAGAAAAUACAGCUCAAAUGUCUGUUUGAUGCAGAAAACUCUGUUAAAGCAUGGUUAAGGCAGGACUAGCCAAUAUGAAAAAAAUAUUUUAUAAGGUUAAAUAACUGUGUCUCGUUAUGAGUAGACAAAAUGCUAUGAAAUUAGUGGUAAGACAUUUCUUCAACUGAGCUUGCCUAGAUGCAAAAUAAUAGUGCAUUUACAGUAAAUGUCAUGAGACAUAAAUGCAAAGUCUGAUAACCUUAAUCAGAGGUGUUUCUAGGAUUUGAUGUGGAUCCUCACCUGGGAAAUUAUAACUGAUAAAAGCUCUAUUCUGAUGUUUUCUUUUAAUGCACU